AUGCCGCGCCGCCUGCUGUCGCUGCUGCUGGCCCCCACGCGUGUGUGGCCAUGCCGCGCCGCCUGCUCUCGCUGCUGCUGGCCCCCACGCGCGCCCUGCUGGCGCUGCGGGCGCUGCUGGCCCGCGGGGGCCUGGCGGUGGCCGCGGUGGCCUCGGGGGUGGCCUUCGGGCUCUGGGGGGCGGCGCUGCUGCUGCGCCGCGGGCCCCGCGCGGCGCUGGGGCGGCAGCGCCGGGACACGGCCCCGCCCGGGCUGGCCGACGGCACCUUCGGGGAGCACCCGCACCCUGCGGCUGCCGGGCUCGGGGCUGCGCCUCCAUUACGUCACGCGGGGUCCCCCCGGAGCCCCCCUGGUGCUGCUGCUCCACGGCUUCCCCCAGAACUGGUUCUGCUGGCGUCACCUGCUGCCCGAGCUGAGCGCCCGGUUCCGGGUGGUGGCCCUGGACCUGCGCGGCUGCGGCGCCUCGGAGAAGCCGCCGGGCCGGGACAGCUACCGGCUGGAGCUGCUGCUCGGGGACAUCCGCGACGUCAUCGAGGCCCUGGGGACACCGGCGGCCGCGCCGCGCUGCGUCCUGGUGGGACACGACUGGGGCGGCGUGCUGGCCUGGGAGCUGGCAUCGAGCCACCCGCAGCUGGUGGAGAAACUGGUGGUGAUGGACGCGCCGCACAGGGGCGUGAUGGCAGCGUUCUCAGCCCGUCACCCGUCGCAGCUGCUCCGUUCCUGUUACCUGUUCCUGUUCCAGCUGCCCUGGCUGCCCGAGCUGCUGCUGUCCCUGGCCGACUUCCAGCUGGUGAGGACGUUCCUGACCAGCGCCUGGACGGGCAUCCAGGACCCGGCGUGGCGGCUCUCGGAGCAGGAGCUCGACUCGUACCUGUUCAGCCUCUCGCAGCCCGGGGGGCUCAGCCCGCCCAUCCACUACUACCGCAACCUCUUCCGGGACACGCCCAUCCCGCGCGAGCCGCCCCCUCCCCCCACGCUGCUGCUCUGGGGCUCCCGCGACGCCUUCCUGGACCCGCGCCUGGGCCCCGCCCACCUGCGCUGGCUCCGCCCCUCCGCCCGCCUCCGCCUCCUGCCCGGCGCCUCCCAUUGGCUGCCCGAGGAGCGGCCCCGCCCCCUGGCCAAGCUGAUUGGCGAGUUCCUCGGGGGCGGGGCCGAGGAGGGCUCCUAGCCACGCCCAGGAUUGGGGGGGCGGGGGAAGGGCGGGGUUUGGGUGGGGGUCCCAACAUCUGGG